AUGUAUUUAUCUAACUGGCUUGAUUUGAUGGCAUUGAUAUGUCGUAACAUUAAAGACGAUAUACUAACAAAUAUAUUUCACCGACCUCCAAUACUAAUAAUAUUCAAUCCUGAUGCUUUCAAUCCACCUUUUACUGGUGCAUUCAACGAGUACUUUAAUGUGACUACGACGUCGAUAAUAAACAACUAUUCGAAUGCUUCAAUGAUAAAUUAUGCCAUAAUUGGGUUAUCUAUACUUCUAGCUGGACUAGAUGUUAUUUACAGUAUAAUUCGAAUAUUAAUAUCAACCAUUUUUAUUGGGGUUUUCAUUGGGUCAUUAGUGUUUUUUGGACUAUGGUUUAUGGUCACUGCAGCAAGAAGAUGGAAGUUGAUUAUAAUAUUGUUUCAAAAUAAUGACUUUACAGGAAUAUACUGA